CUGCUUUCAGAGUGCUAAUAGGCUUUUGAUUUAAUAGGCAUAUUCUCACCUUUGUUUACGUUUGUGUGCUCACGAGAGACGGAUGAGUGUGAACUGGCGAACAUGUGUGUGUGUUUGAAUGAGAGCCAGGAAAAGGGGAAGGGCCUCAAGUGAGCGGACAAAAACAGCUGCUCUUGUGUGCUCGGGAAACCUCAUCCAGAGAGAGGGAAGAGAGGAGAGACGGACCAGAAGGGUCCAGAUCUCUAUAUGGGUUGCGCCCUGUGUGCGGAUAGCUGUGGGGACGAGCCAGAUCCGGUACCCGUGAGAGGGUCUGUAAGGAGGGAGAGAGCAAAGUCCAGGGGAAACAUGAGGCUGACCAAGGCGGGGAAGGGCGAGCCCCACGUCUUUAAAGAAAAGACCUUCAAAAAGAAGCGCCAGUGUGGGGUGUGCAGGCAGAGCGUGGAGAGUUUGGGAUCUUUUUGUCGAGUCUGCAAAACAGCCACUCACAAGAAAUGCGAAGCCAAGAUCAACACAGCCUGCAUCCCAGCGCAGCCCUCCGAACUGCGAAGGGGAACGUCCUCCUCUAGACACAUUCAGCAUCUGGGUUCGACCAAGUCUCUGACCUACAGUAAACAGAGAAACACUCUCCCGAGGAGCUUCAGUGUGGAUCGGGUGAUGGACAGAGUGAUGGAGAGGCAUUAUGAUUUCGACCUCACGUACAUCACGGAGAGGAUCAUCUCUGUGUUUUUUCCUCCUCUGCUGGAAGAACAGCGGUAUCGCCUCAACCUCAGGGAGGUGGCAGCCAUGCUCAAGUCCAAACACCAGGACAAGUUUCUGUUAUUCAAUCUGUCUGAGCGAAGGCAUGACAUCACCCGAUUAAACCCAAAGGUUCAUGACUUCGGCUGGCCAGAUAUGCACGCUCCUCCACUGGAUAAGAUCUGUGCCAUGUGCAAAGCAAUGGAGAACUGGCUGAACUCCAACCCCCAUCAUGUGGUCGUUCUGCACUGUAAGGGCAACAAAGGAAAGACAGGUGUUAUCAUUGCUGCCUACAUGCAUUACAGCAAGAUAUCCGCAGGGGCAGAUCAGGCCCUCAGCACAUUGGCAAUGAGGAAGUUUUGUGAAGAUAAAGUGUCGUCCUCUCUCCAACCCUCUCAGAACAGGUAUAUCUAUUACUUUGGAGGGCUGCUCUCAGGGGCCAUCAAAAUGAACAGCAGUCCUCUCUUCCUCCAUCAGGUCCUCAUUCCUACCAUCCCUAACUUCCAGGAAGAUGGAGGUUUCUUUCCUUUCCUGAAGAUCUAUCAGUCCAUGCAGCUCGUCUACACUUCUGGCAUAUAUGAUCUGCAGGGCUCUGGGAGCAGACGGCUGAUUGUUACUAUUGAGCCUGCACUGCUGCUGAAAGGAGACAUCAUGGUGAAGUGUUAUCACAGACGGGUUCAGUCUGCUGAGAGGGAUUCUGUGUUUCGACUGCAGUUUCACACAUGCACCAUUCAUGGAGCUCAGCUCUGGUUCGGGAAAGGCGAACUGGAUGAAGCUUGUUCAGAUGACAAAUUUCCCUCUGAUGCCACAGUGGAGUUUGUAUUUUCAUCUGGGCCUGAGAAAAUCAAAGGGAGAGUGACCCAGAGGAAUGAUCCAGCUGUCAGCGUGGACUAUAACACGAAUGAUCCGGUGGUGCGCUGGGACUCAUAUGAGAACUUUAAUCAGAGAUAUCAGGACAGCCUAGAGGAUAUUGCACACACACGUGGACCUGUAGAUGGCAGCCUGUACGCACAGGUUAAAAAGCGCCGUGCCGCAGGCUCCACCUCCCUGCUGUCCACCAAUGGGAGCCCUGCAAGGAGCUCCGAGGAAAGGCCAAGUCAGCUUCUGUCUGUCAGCACUGAUUCUGGACACUCAUCUGUCCCACCUGACCGGCUCGAUGAAGCAACUCGACAGGCCCCGCCUACUCAGCAAGAGAGGGAGGAUCUUGAGCGCCUACUGGGUGGGAUUGAAGGCGAUGGAGGGAGGGAUCGUGACCGAGAGACAGCCAUUUUGGAUGACGGUGAUUCUUUGCCUCCUGAGAGGACUGGGUCACUGAGGUUAGGUCGUUCAUGCUCAUGCCGGGUGGGCUACCGAUCCCAGCGCUGUGCCGAGCCUGGAUGCGAUGGACUCCAUCACUUAUCAAAUGGUUAUUGCCUUGAUCGUCCCACCACCACUAAUGGACAAACAGGGGCUCCUCCUUCAGGUAUGCCAUCUGUCAUAGGGCUUUGCCAACACCACAGUGCCCAUCCUCACCAAACCCUGCCACCUCCCGACCUGCUCUGGGACCGCCAACAAGGUCCACAGCACUACCUUCAUCGCACUUGCACAGAGGGACCAUCACGCCACCUGUGUCCAUAUCCGUCCCAGGAGAUCAGCACCCAUCCUCAUAGUCUGUCUCCCCGACUGGUCUGCAGGGCGGAUGAGUACAUUCCAUACCCCCAUCAUCACCACAACCAUCCACAUCACCCCAAACCUAACGGCCCCUAUCACGAUGUCAUGAUGGUAGAUGGCAUAGUGACGCCUGUCUGCCCUUGUCGGGACUGCUGUCUACGACGAGAAGAUUUCCACACUCUCCGUUUAGACAGAGAGGAGGCAAUACACUGGGAGAGGGAGGCAGAGCUUCUCCGAGACACAGGGUUAAGACGGGGCAGAGAGGCCGAUAUGCAAAGAGGGACGGAUAUAUGGGAUCGGGAAGCAGGUCUAAGGAGGGGGCGAGAAAUGACUCUCCACUGGGACAGAGACCGAGAAGCAGAACUACAGUGGGAGAGAGAGCGAGAGGCAGAAUACUGGCACAGAAGGGCCACAGUAUCCCCAUACGGACCUCACGGUCAUGAAUUACCAGCAUUUAACUUCGAUCCCCUCCCUGCAGGCCAUCCCGCAUACCCCGAACCCACUCGUUCGCACUCUCAUUCCCAUCUGGAUCUCAAAUACAGCAGCAGCUCCAGUGGGUACCAGACACCGCACCAGGCGUGCCCCUGCUCCCCUUACCAGCCGUCACCCUCAGAGAGCCGUGGAUAUGCCUCGGGUUACCAGUCUGAGUCCACGUCUCCUCUUCCACCUCCCUCCGCCUCCUGCCCUGGUCCAGUGCACCAUGCCAGCGGACCUACAGAGAGCCAAAUGGACCCCCAUCCUCAGCAGUACCCCUCUAACACAAAUGCAGAUUGUCCUGGCGCAGAUAGCAUAGGCUGGCGUAGUCACAUUACCCAUGGUUCCCUGCGGCGGACACAUCGAGAUCCACAUGAUCCAUGUUCAACACCCUCUGAUAUUUCAGGAUCUCCAACACCAGUCCACACAAGCAGCCCUUUGCAAACGCAGGAGAGUCCUAUCCUGAGUGUCCGUGAGUGUGACUCAAGAGAGGUCAACAGUGAAAGCAGUUUGGCCCACUCCCACAACAGGCCGCACCCACCUGCCCUACAGUGCAACAGUGUCAGUCCAGGGUCUCGUCAAACUCUACGGUCUUCCAAUCAAGAGAUUGCUGAGAUACACCCUUUUCCUGCCACACCCACCACUUCAACCCAACAACCCUCCACCCAUUCCCCACCUACGACACCUCCAACCCCACAAAUCUCAGCAGAAAACCCAGUCCCCUUUACAUCCCCAUCAGAAUCCACCCAACACCAGACAAACUGCUCGCCUACUGGUGCAACAGUGCUACCCACGGGGGAAAUGGUGACACAAUCAACUGAGACUUUUAAACCAGCAUGUUCACCACGUCCCUCCUCUCCCAUCCCAACCGAGUCCAUCCCAGCUCACUUGCAUAGCAAUGGAGUAUCAUCAUCUCCAGAACCAGAUGUCCCUAAACCUCCUUCUUCUGCCCCUGCGUCCCCUCAUCCACUCCCUUGUGACCACGAGAGUUCUUCCUCCCCUGAACCUCCAGUGCCUGGAUUUGCCACACUGGGCAGGAAGCUGAUGUUGGGUUCUGAAACCUCCCUUCCUAUGGAUGGCAGCCUCAACUCCACUCCUACCUUCCCCGUCUCUCCAGCUUGUUGCACCCCAUCUCCUCCACUUGGCUCCUACUCAGGGUGCCCAGCCUCCUCUGUCCCACAGCCUCCUCUCCCUGAGAAACGCCGCCCAUCCGGGCAGCCAGGCUCACCCAAUGGGAGGCCCGGAACGCUGAGGGGGUCCAUGAGUCAUCACGCCUCUGGGCAGCACCACGUUACAUUCUCACCUUCAGUAGGAGAGCUGACCAUGAAUGCUGGUCAGGGAGAAGUUGGUGUGGAGGAUGAGAUGGGCAGCCGUGUCAGUGUAAAGUUUGUGCAGGACAGCUCUCGGUUUUGGUAUAAACCUGGCAUCUCCAGAGAGCAAGCUAUAGCAGCACUGAAGGAAAGAGAGCCAGGGGCCUUCCUCAUCCGAGACAGUAACUCUUUCCAGGGGGCCUACGGUCUGGCCCUGAAAGUUGCCAGCCCACCCCCCAACGUCAAUAACCAUAGCAGCAAAGCAGGAGGAGACCCUCUGGAACAGCUGGUUCGACACUUCCUGAUUGAGACAGGGCCUCGGGGAGUGAAGAUCAAGGGUUGUCAGAACGAGCCCUACUUUGGGAGUCUUUCAGCACUGGUGUAUCAGCAUUCCAUUACACCUAUCUCUCUGCCCUGUGCCCUCCGCAUCCCAGAGAAAGACCCGAUAGGUGAAGUUCUGGAGGUUCAGCCAGUCAGUAACAUGAGUACAGCCGCAGACCUUCUGAAACAGGGCGCAGGUGAGUGUGAGCCAGCACAUCUGUCCUCACGUGGGACGUCUCACUGUGACGUCUAUAACCUCCGGUGUCUCUCCUCAGCCUGCAAUGUGCUGUACCUGAACUCAGUGGAGACCGAGUCUCUCACGGGACCCCAGGCUAUCGCCAAGGCCACAGGAGCCACGAUGUCACGCAGCCCCCGGCCCUCUGCGACUGUGGUCCACUUUAAGGUGUCCGCCCAAGGCAUUACACUGACAGACAGUCAACGCAGGGUGUUCUUCAGGAGACAUUAUCCAAUCAACAGCGUGACUUUCAGCAGUGUGGACCCACAAGAAAGGAGGUGAGAUUGUAGUGGCAGAAAUGCUAAGGGU